AUGAGUUUGAUUGAGCGAGUCUCGCCGUUUCUAUCCCCUGGUAGCCGAUGUGGGUACUGGGGUAUGGAAGGCGUGAGCACUGACGAUAAUGAUCCACGGGGACGUACGAGCGAGGAACAUUACAUUUACAGUUAUAAGCGUAUGCCAAGUGGUGGUCAAGUUAAUAAUUCAACGGACCGUUCCUCCACAAGUUCGACCAGGUCUACUUCCAACAGUAGACUGCUUGUUUAUGAGGAGGACGACUUUUUGAGUCAAUACUUAAGGCCCACAAGAGAGAUUAAGAGAAAGCCCUGGAAAGUGACGGAUCCAUUUUUUGAACGGUAUGUACAACCUCAAAUGUUCAAAAGAUUACAAGAGAAUAACAAACAUAAGAUUCCCACUCCUACCGAUCCAUUCAAGCGGGAUAUUCAACCAGGUGAACAGAAAGAACCCCAACGUGAAUAUCUAAGGGAUUACAAGGGCCAUGACCAACCAGCAAAGACGCAGCCCCGUCUGAGCCCAUUGGUGAACCUGGUGACGUCCAACGAUGAGAAUACACAAGUGGAACCGAAAGACUCAUUUCCAGUAACGGAGAAUAUUACUAGUCUUCCCAAAGACUUUGCCGACUGUUCCAUUGACCACAUAAUCACAUUAAUUUCAAGAAUGCUUCGGCAGUUAAUUCUCUUGAAUGAUGGGAAUGUUCCAAAGUCAAUUUCCAACCCUGAAGAGAACGCUGGUAGUUCCUCCUCCUCCUCCUCCAAUAAAGAAUCAAGUGCCAGUCACAAUGGAAAUGGUAGUUUAAGUGGCACUUCAAAACCUUCGCCAGUUCUUACGAGAUAUCAUUCCAGAACGCCACCUAGCAUAUCCAUUCCAACAUAUCUUAAUCGGUUGACCAAGUUUAAUAAUUUCACCACAGCUACACUUCUCACGACAAUCUACUACAUAGAUCUCCUUUCACACCAUUAUCAACCAUUCUUCACCCUCAAUUCAUGGACAGUACAUCGAUUUCUUCUUGUUGGCACCAUGUUAUCACAAAAGCUGAUGGAGGAUUUCUUUUACACAAAUGAUCAUUAUGCCAAAGUGGGAGGGGUAGCAGUGAGUGAACUUAAUUGUCUUGAGCUAGACUUUUUGACUAGAGUUGAUUGGCGAUGUGUUCCUGCAAAGCAAUUGGACAAUAAUCGAUCGAGUAUUAAAUACGCCAAGGAUGUGUUGGACUUGUAUUACUCACAGUUGAUUCAGCUAAUGGGAAGAAAUGUAUCAUCAGGUGAUGAGACUGUGUUUGAAGCGGAACCAGAGGAAGUAGAAGACGUUGACGUCGACGAAGAUGAAGAUAGAGAAGAAGAUGAAGAUGAUUAUGAUUCAGAAGACGAAGACAUGGAUGAAUAUGAAACCCCUCAGACUUAUGCACCCGAGGAGAAGUUUAAUUCAUUUGGAUACAGUGUCGAUGGAUCAUCAUCUCCUCAUUUGAAAAGAAGAUACCCACCUUAA